CCUAUUUCGUGAAAGGUGUCUGACCAUUGACGGACGUGUAAUUUUAUUUUUGUUUAUAAAAAUAAAUUUCUUUACAAUCAAUUCAAAAUGCACAAAUCAAAUCGAUCGGCAGCAAAAACUGUCUAAUUCUAUUAAAUUUGUUUGAUAAUGAUUAUACGAGACUUUAGUGAAGUGAGAUCUUGGCUUUUACAUCAUCGUCAGAUUCAGAUCAUUGUCUAUCCAAAUCCCAAACAAUGGCAAAACGAAAAGAAGAUAAAUGGGACAGUCUAGAAACAGUCAAGACCUUCGAUCUAGGCACAUACAACAGCCACCAUGAGACUGUAUUCCAACAGAGUCGGCAACAACUGGACAUCAUCAACUACUCAGCGACCACACCCAUCUCCCUCCUCGUACAGUCACUGGUUAAGCAGCUCUGUUCGCUACUUGAAAAAGACCAUGUUCGAGCCAAUCAGCUUUACAACACCAUCUGUGAAAAACUCCAUAGUAUGCACCUCAUCGAUGAUUCAUAUUCCAUGGGAGAGUUUGAAGUCAUGAGAAGUCAAUACCAAAAAGCCUUAUACCAGUUAGUGUCAGUCACAAAUGGGGCGGAAAUACCAAUUUCUGUUCCGUCCACUUGGCCUAUUGUACAACCAUCAGGUCUAGAUUGGUCCCGAUACCACAGGGAGUUUGAGGAGUUGUAUUACAUCGCAGCUGGUGGCUUUGGUCACGUUUUUAAAGCUAAACAUCGGCUCGACGGUGUAGAAUAUGCAGUUAAGAAGGUUUAUAUUAAAUCUUCAGAUGUUAAUUCUAUCAUGACCCAUUUGGCAGAAGUUAAGACUAUUGCCAGUCUUAACCAUCCGAAUAUAGUUAAUUACAAAGCCGCUUGGCUGGAACCGUUGAUAGAGUCCACUAUGAACAAAGACUUGAAAUUACGCAUGGACACAGACAGCGACAGUGAAUUUUCAGAUUUGAAAUCUAAAUUCAUCUCUUCAGCCUUACCUAACACUAUAUCCUCAUUUAAAACUCACAAUUCUAAAGAUUUAAACAAGCAAACCAGUUUAUCAGAUUUUGUUAUAUCCUUCAAAAACUCUAGUAGUUUUGAAAAUGAAGAUAAUUCUGAUGAAAUAGAAUUCGAAGAUACAGAGUCUGAGUCCAAUUCACCAGACAAACAAGAAGAGAAUGCUGUAUGCAAGAUGUUAUCAAACAAAGAAUUCGAGAACUGUUCGAGGGUGAAUUUGAAAUGGGCCACCUUGUAUAUUCAGAUGACAUUCUGCCAGCAGACUCUAAAGCAGUGGUUGGACAAGAGGAACAACCAUUUGACAAUAACAAGAAAGAAUUCUGAAGAUCUUUCUUCUGAUAGUUUUGAUGGUCAAUACUCGCCUGAUACGAACUAUCCGGUUUCCUGGACACAUGUUGAUAGACUUAUUGAUAUGUUUACUCAGUUGGUCCGUGGUUUGAACUAUAUACAUGCCCGCGGGGUUAUCCACCAUGACAUAAAGCCGAGUAAUGUGUUUGUGGAGGAGGGUGACAGUGAGUGUAGGGUACUUCUUGGUGACUUUGGGUUGGCGUGUCCCCUGCAGCAGUCCCACAGGGGCGUCGCUGUGGGGACCCAUUUCUAUGCGGCUCCAGAACAGCUGGAUGGACAGUGUAACCCAAAGAGCGACAUGUACAGCCUCGGUAUAAUCCUCUUAGAGAUGGUUCAACCCUUCAGCACGGACAUGGAGCGUGUUAAAACCAUCGAGGCACUCCGCAAAGGGCAGAUCCCGGCCAACCUCACCGCUAACUACCCAAAGAUAGCUCACAUCAUAGGGAAAUUAGUCCAGAGGCGUCCCAGCAAGAGACUGGAUUCUAAUCAGCUUUUGGAGGAACUUCAGCUGCUGUCGGAGAAUAAAGAUGAAAAAAUAAAGACCUUGAAAGAUGAGUUGGCAGCGAAGGAUGAGGAGAUAGCCCAUCUGAAGUUGAUGCUAGCUAAGUGUACUAUUAAGUCAUGAGUUGUGUUUUAGCGACAAAUAUACAUAAUAUUAUAUUUAUGGGGUGAAGGGCUGCCUUCUUUAGCUAGGAAAAUCUUGGUAAAUGAGGUAGAAUAUAAAUUAUGGAGAAGCAUACCAAUCAAAAAUCAAAAAAUCAAGUUCGUACAUUCAAUUUUUCAUUGGUUAGUACAAAGAAAAUAUAUCAACUGUUUUAUAUGGUGUUUAGUUUUUUUGCGAUUCAUAUUGAUUUCUUGAUAGUUAUUAUAUCUGAAUUAUAUAUACAACCUAUCACCUGUCGAUCAGUAAUUAGGAUUUCAAAGCACUUACCGUACAAAAUGUUUUUGCUAGUUACAAUAUUAAGUUGCAAUGCAGGAUUACUUGUAAAACUAAGUUACUAACAUCAUAAACAAAAACCAUUGCUCUAUGAUUCAUGUCAGAACAAGUCUUCCUCGUGGCGUUAGUCCUGGUUACAUCCUUAUCUCUCUGGAGAGGAGCCCGGGGUGCGCCGUUAACCCUGUAUGAAUAAUAAUAAAUUUUAAAUUUAUCUUUUGGCUAUUAGUAAAAUUUAUAUUUGUCGCAAAAUACUCAGUAGGAAGUGAUGGACGAUUUGAUAAUGUAUGAGAUUAUGAGUUUGUUUUGUAUACAACGUGCCUCGCAAGUGCUACAAUGUGUUGCAUAAUCGGUUUCGCGUUUUGUAAUAUGCUCUAUUGUGUAAAUUUACUAAUUGCGGGUGAUUGAAGUCACAUUACCUUCUAUAUGUAAGUAGGUAAACAAUAACUAAAUAAUUUUUGGUAUUAUGAUAGAAGCGGUUAACAUUUUGUCCUAACCUGGAUUUUAGCAACCAUAGUUUUGAAAUUAGAAUCUCGGAUUUUUUUUUCUUUUUAACAUGAAUUGUGUCUUUCAUGCCAAUUUCUUUUUUUUUUACAAAUAUUAGUCCGCCUUCUUAUUAAGUGUGUAUGUAGCAUUUGUGUUUUGAUAUGAUUUUGAAAAAUAGUAUUUAAAUUUUAUAAACGUCAUCAUAUUCAGCUAUUCAAGUUUCCGUUGUAGUUUUUUAUCAGUCACACAAUUUAAUUCUGUUAAUUACAACAUUUUGGUUAUGUAUGUAUGUAUAAGCUAUCUAAGAAAUUGAGAUUAAAAUAUUUAAUUUGCUCAAAAUUUACUCACUUUUUUUAUCAAUUUGAAUAAUCUUUUAUUAUUCCUAAUUGUUUGCCUUGAAUAUUUUGCUAAUUGGUAUUUUUGAUAAAUCUUAGCAUUACAAUUUUAUAAUUAAAUUUUUAUCUUAUCACAAUUAAAUUAUUAUGCCUAUAUGUAUAGCACAUGCAAAUUAAUUAAUAUGAAUUUGGUGAAUGAAAUCGUAUGAUUGAUUAUUUAUAAAAAAUGUCUAAAUCGUCCAUUGCAGACUUUAGUACUUAAAUUAAGUAACUACUUAUGUAUUUGCAUGUUUGGUGUGUGUGAUACAAUAAAGUAAUGAUUGAUUUUUAAAUAUCGUAUUAUUAUUUAUUGUCAAUAAAUCUACCUAGUUUGGGAGUUAUGUAAAUAUU